CCCGAGGCUACAGCAGCAGCCAGACGCUCCCGAGGAGAUGGCGGAACAGCUCGGGGCCCCCGAGCAGGCUGCGGCCGGCAAGAGCCACGGAGGCCUGGGCGGUGGCUACAAGGUGACGGUGUACGAGCUAGAGAACUUCCAGGGCAAGCGAUGCGAGCUCUCGGCGGAGUGUCCCAAUUUGACCGACAGCCUGCUGGAGAAGGUGGGCUCCAUCCAAGUGGAGUCCGGGCCGUGGCUGGCGUUUGAGCGCAGGUCCUUCCAGGGAGAGCAGUUUGUCCUGGAGAAGGGAGACUACCCUCGCUGGGAUGCCUGGUCCAAUAGCCGCCACAGUGACAGCCUCCUGUCCCUCCGGCCUCUGGAAAUCGACGGCCCCGACCACAAGCUGCACCUGUUCGAGAACCCCGCCUUCAACGGCCGCAAGAUGGAGAUAGUGGACGACGACGUGCCCAGCCUGUGGGCGCACGGCUUCCAGGACCGCGUGGCCAGCAUCCGGGCCAUCAACGGGACGUGGGUCGGCUAUGAGUUCCCGGGCUACCGCGGGCGCCAGUACGUGCUGGAGCAGGGCGAGUACCGCCACUGGAACGAGUGGGACGCCAACCAGCCGCAGCUGCAGUCUGUGCGCCGCAUCCGCGACCAGAAGUGGCACAAGCGGGGCUGCUUCCUCAGCAGCUGAGG